AAAGCGGAUUGCUCUAACAAAGAUUCAACUAUUAAGGAAUGGCGGAAAGAAGCUGAAGAGGAGAGGAAUUCACUCAAAGUGGAGCUAAACCAAUGCCAAAUAAAAGUGAACUUUACUCAAGAUGAUCUAGAUCAUUAUAAAAUCAGCUAUGAAUACUUUUACAAGAGAUCAAAAGCACUACAAACGAAUCUGACUGAUUCACAACACGAGUUGUCUAAAUGUAUUUCUUUAAAAGAUGCAAUUAUAAAGAAACUAAAUUCUAUGGAAGAUGAAUUAAAUGAAUGUAAACCUCAAUCAACUACGCCCUCAAGAAAUCUUCCAACUUCUUGUAUAGGCUUGAAAGCUGGCCUUCAAGAGAUACAACUUUCUAAUGGAAAUCCUUUAAAUGUGCUAUGCGAUAAUGAUGGUUGGAUAAUCAUACAGCGACGAAUUAAUGGAAAACUAGAUUUUAACAGAAACUGGACGGAAUAUGUGAAUGGAUUUGAAGACCCAAGCAGGCAAGGAGAGUUUUUUAUUGGAUUGGAAAAUCUGCAUCUUAUUACCAACUCAAAAAGACACGAGGCACUUUUUUCUGUCACAGUGCCAAAGCGUACAUUGGGGACAAAAUAUGAUAACUUCAGGGUUGGAAAUGCUGAAUCUCUCUAUGAAUUGAAAUCAAUAGGAAACCAUGAUGGCGUCUAUAAUGGUUUAUUUUGGAAUGAAAAUCAGAAAUUUUCAACAUACGAUAGAAACAAUAGGGAUAAUUGCAGCGGAAAUGGUAUGGGAGGCUGGUGGUAUCCAGAAAAUUGUGGAUAUAGUAAUUUAAAUGCUCUAUAUGGUUAUCUACGCUGGAGUGACAAUCCUGCAACCACCUCAAUUAUAAGGAUUCGGCCAUAUGAAUAAGCCUCAACUAAAUACUAGACAAAUAUAUUAUCUUA